CUUCGAAAUUCCUUUCCUACAUAAACAGGUGCAACCUCCGCCCGAAACUCUCCUGUGGCCCGAUCUCUCUCCCUCUCGUCUUCGCCGGAAUCGAACGCCAAAAUGGCGACCAAUCUAGAUCCAGAUUCGAGAUUCGACUCCCCUGCAACUUCGAUACUUCCCCGAUUGCCGCCCCUCAAGGUCCAAGUCAGAGCCGCCGAAGCCGGACCGACCGACGAGGCCGAAGAGUGUACGACCCCGUCGUCGGUGGAGCACAGGAUCCCGCCGGUCCUCACCUGCCCGGCCGCGCCUCGCAAGCCGAGGACGAAGCCGUCGGCCUCCUGCAAGAGAGCCUUCCCGUCGGAUCAGCUCGAGCUCUUCGAGGUCGCGAACCGCAGGGAGGUCGAGGACUUCUUCAGGAGCUGCCGCUGCGACGGCGCGGCCGUCGCCGACGUCGCCAAGCGGAGGCGUUUCUUCUGCGACUGAGGACGAGUGGGGGGGUGGUGC